AAAGUUUUUCAUAAGUGAUUUUUAAUAUUUUAAACAAAUAAUUAUUAUUAGUAUCAUUUUCUUUUCCGUUUGUUAACAUAUCAGUGUGAAAGGAGUGAAGUUUGAACAUCUCCUUUUAUCAUACAUGCACACAGUAAAUAUAUAAAAUUUCCAUUUUUUUAGGAAUAUAGUGGAUACAUGCUGCAACAAGGGCUGGACAAUCAAAAACAAUAACCCGUUAAAUAUGACGAGAAAUACAGGGAAUAUUGGACGCGCAUCGCAAGGUGCAUUUCCUUGAAAACGACCGAUUGGUGGAUUAUAUACCGACUUGAAGACAUGUUUUGGACAAAAUAGUUUACUGGCUUAUGUCGUCUUCGCGUUUGCAGCCUUCGGACAUUCUUUAAAUUCCUAUGCAAAUUAGUAAGUGUACCGCCGGCGGUACACUUACGUUUAACGGGUUAAAAAUGCUCGAGUCCCAGCGCCCAGCUAAAUACUCCCAGUCCUGCUUGACUUCUCGCUCCACUUUUGUUUCCAGCAUAAGCCCCGCCCACAAAAAACGUCACAAUGUUUGUAAACAAAUAAAGGGUCUAUUGUAUGAUUAAAUAUGCAACAAGCGAAUGUUCCUAUUUUGCAUAAAUCUCCACUUAAUAAAAUGUAAUUAAAAUAAAUACUUCAAAGUAUCUAUAUAAACAAAUAUACAUCUAUAAAAUGAUUAUUUGUGUAAUAUUGAGCCUGACUGUCGUUCCUCGUGCACCUCUGCAGCAGGUUUAGCUAACGUUAGCUACAUAGCAAAAACUAUAAGCCAGCAGUGGACUCUAAAUUUAAAUAUUUACGCACACAGUAACUUUAACUUUGUAGUUUACACACUUACAAUGAUGAAGAUUUAAUUGCUUUUCAAGAAGCUAUAGCCGUGAAAAAUGAACUGGGUCGGAGGUUCGAGGUAAAACUACGUUUUCGUUUACAGCCGACAUGCUAACGCUAAUAUUAGCUGCUAUAAACAUUUAAGCUAAUGACGUAAUGUUAAUUGCAGGAACCGGUUAGUGAUGAAGAGUGACGCUAAAAAACAGAGGGAGUUUUUCGAAAAGAAAAAAAUGCAGCAGAAACUGAAAAACUUGGGUCUAGCGCUGCCAGCUGCCUCACCUGCAGACACUGGUCCAGGUAGUAUGGACCUGGUCACUCUGUUUAUCGUCAACCAGAUAGCGGCAAAGAAAGCAAGUACAGAUCCUCCUAAAGUAGCAGUUCUUGGCAGCAGUAAAGGAGGAUCCAAGAGAAACAAGCCUCUCGUACUCCCAAUGAGCCCCUGUUCACCGUCACAGCUGAGUCUUGUGGACAGCCAGCGUCAGAGCAGUGUUCAAGAAGUCAGAAGAAGAAAGAAUGUUAUUCCACAAGGAUUCAAGUGUCGGCAGCUUUCACCAGUGCUUGAAUCAGCAUUCUCAGACAACAGUGCAUCCGACUACCGACCGCCCAGAACUGUCCCCUCUAGCCCUUUCUCCUCCAUCUCAUCCACCUCCUCAGGACAAGAAAUAUUUCCCCUGCAGCUGAAACAACAGAAGCAAAGUCAGCUUCAGCCUCUGGCCCAUUGCUCUUCUGCAUCUUGGAACGCCUCAGGUUUUCAACAAAAUAAGUUUCAGCCUUUCUCCCAGCCCAGAGGCAUGACAGAUGCUGUCCCUUGGUCCUGUGGAUCAAACCUUCUCCAACAGGAGACCCCCACAGCAGCCCACGUUCUCUUUAGAAAUCCACAACUGCAUAAAACUGAGACAGGAGACUGUGCAGGACAUACAGCCAACUUCUCCCUCAACCAACCUGAAGAUAAUGAGCCCAUCCUGGACUUCAUGCUGAACCAGUCAAAAGCGACACCGCAGUUUGAGGAGGACGUCUUCAGCGGGUUUAAUAAUGAAGAAUAUGAAGCUUCUCAUUUUGGGAGUGCAAAAUCCAAAAUAUACCCAACAGACGAAAAAUCGAUCAGACCUUCAACACCGCAAACUGUGCCUGAUUCACAGUGCAUGGAAGUGGAGUUCUCCAACUGCACUGACAUGAACUUUUCAUGCCUCGGACACUACACUGAGCCCAUGAAUGGCUUUGACCGCUCGCCAAAUUGUUCUUGCGGAGGAGGUUACUACAGUUCAGACUCAAAUGAUGAAGAUUGCUGUCAACCUUCUCUCCAGGCUUCUUACAUGGAUCUAACAUGUGGCGCAGAACCCUUGAACCCAAACAGCACCUCACAGGGGUAUCCAAAACACAGCGUCUCUCAGUCCAGGCCUCCCACACCUCUAAUAAAAUCCAAAGAGAACUUCAGAAAUGAUCAGAAAGUUAUGAAGAACAUGCGUAGCCCAGAUAGAGCCUUUGGAAGUAGCAUCCAACAGACAGGAAGCAGCACAGCUUUGUUUUUAUCUCCUCUGUCUCCCACUCAGAGCUCAGAGUUGUGCAAAUGCAAGAAAACACCCAUUAAAACUCAAGAUGCUGCGACUCAAACUGCACAAAAUCCCAGGGCGGAGAUGUGCGAUGCUUCGACUCAGUGCACCUUUGUUGCAAAGACCAAAGCAGCUCCUGGUUGGUAUCUACCACCUGUUGACGUGUCAGAGCAGCAUCUAGCCACAGAGAGGCAGACUGAUACCGCUACAGAGCCGGCCACACUCACAGUUCCAUCAGAAAUCUCAAGCAGCGAAGGGAAGCAGAUGACUUGGAGCAACAAGAAAUUGAAGUCCAGUUUUCGAUCAGGCAUCGUGAACAUAUUCCCUGCUAGCAACUGUGGCAAAAUGGUCCGACAGAGACCCAUAAAUCCCUUUCUGGAUGCUCUGAGCAGUGGCAGAGGUAAGGAGAAUGGAGGAGGUGGAGAUCAGAGACGGCAGCGUGAGAAUCCGCUGAAAGCUCCGUCAGAUGAAGGGAAAGAGGAGGUCACAUCUGGAACCGGAGUUAUCGAACUCUCAAAGGAGGCCGAGACCCUUCAGGAAAUAGCUGACAUUUUGCUUCUUAUGAAGCAGAGGAAGAAGGAAGGAUGAGGACGUCGGACAGAAGUAAAGUAGAUCUAUGAAAUCAGCUGGAAAAAAGCACAUUUGUUCUGUGCAUGUUGUUUUAACAGUUAGUUUUAAGCUAUAAAACCACAUGAUAUACUGUUUGUUCCUAAUGUUGCAAUAGAGCAAAAAUAAAACCCCAAAGCUUCA